CCCCAUUCUCCCCCAGCUGGCCGACUCUGCAGGCCUUUUCAAUCCACUGGUCGUGGCCUUCUGAGAAGAUUCCUCGCCCAGCCCGAGAGCACUCGACCGGAGUUGUGCGCCCCCCUCCAAUGAGCCGACCACUUCUCCAUCCUCGCCGUGGGCCGCAGCUCGAUCAGGGGGCGGGGCGGGAAAGACCCGACGAACAACCGUCGAAGGCCGCCAAUGUCAGCUGCGGCCAGCACCCUGGGGAGAAGCCGCUGGACAAAAAGCGAGAGAAGGGGGCGAGAGGGGCUUGCUGACUAGAGGAAACGCCCUCAUCGAGCGGCGCCCAAAGGCCGGGGCCAUGGAAACGGGCACACGCACGCAAGUUCAGCAGCCCCCUCCCCCGCGCCCAUCCCCCUCUACCCCUCCCUCCUCCCCUGACUUUUGGAUUGACGCUGCCCACCCUCUUUGAGCCCAUAACCAGCGCGACGUCCUCUCCCUCUUCCGCCCCUCUCCCCCCUCCCUUCCUCCAUCUGCUCAACUCUGCGCAAACAUGGCAUCCAAUCAGCCCAUCGACCUAUGGAAACCCUUUCACUUUAUUUCGCUGGCCAGCGACAGUUCGGCUCAGCGCCCGCAGUUUCGCAUCAACGAACAGGCUGUUAGGGCUCUCGAGAAGAUGAGGGUCCCCAUUUCAGUGGUGGGCAUUGUCGGUCUCUAUCGCACUGGCAAGUCGUAUGUUCUGAAUCGCCUGUCUGGCCGGCAGUCGGGCGCUGGCGGCUUCGCUCUUGGAUCCACCAUUGAACCCUGCACACGCGGCAUCUGGGCCUGUCUGGUGGAUCCCGACGCCGUCAGGCGCGAGUUCCCGGGCGUGGAUCUCCCCGGCAUCCAAACCUCGGUCUGCCUGCUGCUGGAUACCGAGGGGCUUGGGUCAUAUGCGGCAGAUCGGACGCACGAUGCCUCGGUCUUCGCCCUGGCCAUUCGCCUAUCCUCGCUGCUGGUGUACAAUUCGGUUGGCUCCAUCGAUGAGGGGGCCCUUGAGAAACUUGGCCUUGUCGUCGAGUUGACCCGGCAAUUGUCAACCAAGGACAAGGCCAAUGCCGGCGGCAGUGGCGGCAAGAACAACCUCAUCGACGCCCUGGACAGCCCGCGCUUCAUCUGGCUGCUGCGGGACUUCAGCCUGAAGCUGGAGACCUCGGAUGGGCGAAAGAUCACCCCGGCCGAGUAUCUGGAGCAUGCAUUGCAGGUGGUGCCGGAGCCGCGGGCGGCACUCGCCGCAGGGGGAGCCUCCGCCUCCUCGUCGAAGAACCAAACUCGCGCGUCCAUCUCCCGGGCCUUCCCGAACCGCGGGUGCCAUGCCCUUCGGCGACCCGUGCGCGAUGAGGCCGACCUGCAGGCCCUCGGCCGGGGCGACCGCCAGAUCGAGCAGGCCCUCCGGCCGGAGUUCCUGACCGAUGUGGAUGCCUUUAUCCGAGAUGUGUACCGCGAGUUGCCGGUGGUGCGCGCACGCGGUGUGCCGAUGAACGGCCAGAUGUACAUCGACUAUGUUGAGGCGGUGGUCAAGUCCAUCAAUGCCGGGGCUUUGCCUGUCCUGUCAUCCACCUAUGCCAGCGUGCUCUCAUCGCAGAAGGCCCGCAUGUGCGAGGCACUGCUCCAGGAGUUCGAUCGUCAGGUUGCACACCUCAGCGCGCCCGUGCCCGCGGGAACUCCGCCCGUCCAGAUGGAUGACUUUGACCAGCUUCUCUCGCGUGCCCGAUCGGCCUUUGCACACAUCUCCAUCAUGUAUGCCGGUGACCUGGCCGAGACGGCCUCCCUGCCCGGGGACUUUGCCCUGCCCGCCGGGUCCGAGGCCAGUGAUCUGAUUGGCUGGAGGGCUUUCGAGCGGGAACUGCUCAAUCGUCGCCAGAACUUCGAGCGUGCGCUGACUGACGCCUCGCGCACCGUGUGCAUUCGUCUGGCCGAAGAGCUUCUGGACGAUUUCCGGGACGAGUGCGAUAGCCUCGACAGUUGGGAUCUCUUCUCUGCGGCAGCUGAUGAGCUCCUUUCCAAGUACGAUCGCGCGGCCAUCGGCCCGGCCCGGCAUCUGCCCCACCGGAUGCUGAUGCGAUCGAUCGUAGACUCGGGGUCGGCAUUGGCGGCGGCACUGGCGCGCGAGGAGCGUCAGACGCUUGAGCGCUCUUUCCAGGCGGAGCUGGACCACGCCACAACCCGAGCCCGGCGUCUUGAGACCGAGGCCGAGCACUCGCAGAAGACGGUCGAUCGUGCCCGAGCCGAGGCUACUCGUCUCAAUAAUGAGAACAUUGCCCUGAUGAAGUCCCUGGAGAAGGUGGCCGACGCGCUGACCGACAUGCGAUGAGCGUGCUUCUGGGCCAUCAGUGCGGCUGUGCUUGAAAUAGACCCUCGUGACCGGGGCUGCUCGUGA